AUGGAGAGGCGCGUUAGGAUCUGGGCCAUUGGCGCUCUUGCCGGUACCUUCGGCAUUGCGAGCAGCAUCCUCAGCGUCGUGUUUGCAACGAAUCUCGGCGAUCACACAGUGCUGUCAGCCCUCCGCGCCCUGCUGUACAUUACCUUCGGCACCAGUUUGGUCAGCACUGCAGUCCUGGCUCUGUUCUGUACAUUCUUCGUGAAGAAGUUGGACAAUCAUUCGCUGGGCUCAAAGGCACAUACUUGGAUGUAUGUGGUCGGCGGCACGAGCGUCGCGGUCCUCGAUAUCGUCAUCUCCGGCGUGGCAUUGGUCUGGCUGGCGACGAGGCAAAGCGACCUCCCAACGCGGGUCUUGCAGGCCGCUCCAGCUACUUUGAUCGGAAUAUGGUUUGCCAUAUGGGCUAUCACUUCUGUACUGCAAAUAGUGCUGUAUUGCCUGCUGUAUUCGUGGGCUAGAAAUGUCUUGACAGCGCAACGGGCCAGCCGACUCGACAUGGAUUUUCGCGCGCGAGGGCCAUCACUGUCGACUAUCCUAAGGCCGACCACUCAGCACACAACGCAAUCUUUCGGUUCCCAGGAACCGACCCUCCACUCGUCACCAAGAACUCCUAUCUCCAAGGGAGAGUCUUUAACCCGAAGAUCGUCAUCGACGAAAGUCGGACCGGGAUCAUCAAAGUCGAAAGUGGUCCGAUAUUCCAAUCAGUGGUCGUCGGAAGCGGUACCAUUUCCCGCAGGAGAGGCGAUGUCGCCAGACAGCGCCUUUGACGACUGGGACACAUCCUCGGUCCAUCGAGAGAUGCGAGCCGCCAUCCACUCCUCCCCACCCCCCACGCCUGGGGGUUUGGAGACGAUCCCGGGCAGUCCCCCGGAGUCGACCAUACUCGAGGGACCUUUCCUUCCCGAACCACAGUCACCUAUUUCGAGCUCACCACCACACGCAGCAACUUCGGACACUGCUGUCUGGAGCUCGUCCCCGGGACAGCUAAAGUCUUCACCGCCGUCGAGUCCUAUCAACUUCUCCCGGCCCACAUCUCGGCCUACAUCUUCAUACAACAACAAACCACCGCCCCAAUUCGAACCUUUUGAGUCCUCGAAGCAGGAACUAAUUCACCCGCUGUUUAGAUCGAACAGCAAUCGACCGCCCCCCAUUGCCACCGCUGGUACCAUGGUUACAGCUUCCCCGAUGGCCAAUACACUGAUCACGCCUAAAACUCUAGCCAGGCUUCGGAGCAAUUCGCCUCCUGUGCAGCGCUGCGAGGACACCAUGCCAAGCAUUGACAAGCCAACAAGGCAGGACGACGACCCGUCAGUCCCGGACAGCCCUACGCUUGGGAGUCCACCACUGGGAAGCCCCGGUCCUUCGAUUGUGGACGAGGACGAGUUACCACCGAUCCUACCGGGCUUCGUGCUAUCGGCGGGAUCGCGGACCAGCCUGGUGGGCUACGGGAAGCGGAAAAGUGUCAAGAAGGGAAGAACGAAAUCUUCGGGUUCUAUGACGAAUCGAUUGAGUCAACUAAUGAUAUAA